GUUUCAUCCGAAAGGGAAAUCUGAUAUCUAAGUGAACAUAGUUUUCAGAUUUAAAUAGAUAAACUAGAGCAUGUUAGUUAGGAUUGUACCCUCUGAGUGACUUUUAGGGCUUGGGCAAACAGGAUAUAUCAACAUAACUUUGAAGGGUAUAAAGGAGCCUUCAGUAUACAACUCGGAAAUUUGCAUCCUGUGGUUUCUCAAAAACACAUUUACCAAAUAGCUGCAAUGAAAGAUCCAAACACCUCUCACUUCCGGGAUGACUAUAGUGAAUUCUACACUGAGGAAUUCAACCACAGUGACUUGAACAACCUCACUGACUUUAAUGUGGAUGAAAAAACUCUACUCUGUCAUCCCAUCAUUAUAGCUGAUGCACUCCACAUUUCAUUUUGUAUCUUCUAUGUGAUCAUCUUUCUGAUGGCCAUACCAGGGAACUUGAUUGUCGGAUACGUCAUUGCUAUAAACAGACGGACGCUCUCUGCUUCGGAUGUCUACUUAUUCAACCUAAUGCUGGCAGACUCUCUACUGGCCCUAAUCUUGCCCUUUUCUGCAGUCUCAGUGCUGCAUGGUUGGGUGUUCGGUGAUGUAGUGUGUAAACUGGUUUCCCUAGUUAAAGAAGUGAACUUUUACACCAACAUCCUAUUCCUGGCGUGCAUCAGUGUGGAUCGCUAUAUGGUUAUCGUCCGAGCUAUGGAAGCUCAAAAGGCUCAACAGAGAUUUUGCAGCGGGGUUGUGUGCGGAGUCGUGUGGGUUUUGGGAUGUUUCUUAUCCUUACCGUCACUCUACAACAAGGCUUUUUAUUCCACGAUGGCCAAGCAGACUGUUUGUGCGGAACGUUUUGAAGCGGAUAAGGCCGAUGAGUGGCGACUUGCCACGCGUAUUUUAAGGCACCUCCUUGGCUUCUUGCUCCCUCUAGUAGUCAUGUUGACAUGCUACAGCGUGACAGUGGCACGGCUGUUGCGUACAAAGGGUUUCCAGAAGCAGAGAGCCAUGAAAGUGAUUGUAGCCGUAGUUGCAGCUUUCCUUCUAUGCUGGACACCUUUCCACGUUGCGACAAUUGUUGACACCCUACUGAGGGUCAAAGCAGAUCAAUUCAGCUGUUCCACACGGACAUCUGUGGAUGCUGCCAUGUUUGCUACUGAAAACCUGGGCCUCCUACACUGCUGUGUGAACCCCGUGCUGUAUGCUUUCGUGGGAGAGAAAUUCCGAAGAAGGUUUCUGCAAUUGCUCUAUAGGAAAAGGAUUCUGGAACGUUUCGUGGUCGCCACAUAUAACAGGCCUUCAGUGACCUCAGAAGCCACGUCCAGCUUUCUGUAA